GGCCAGCCCCGUCAGCGCCGCCGCCCGCCAUUGUGACGCGCGGCGGCGGCGGGCGGCGGCGGGAGCCAUGGCCGAGGCGCGGGAGCUGCUGCUGCAGCUGCAGAAGGACAACCGCGACGGCCGCCUGCGCAAGCAGGAGCUGGAGGAGCUGGUGCGCGGGCUCGAGGCCGAGAGCGAGAGCCUCACCGGGCGCCUGCACGACCUGCGCGAGCGCGAGCGCAGCCUGCAGCGGAGGCGGGGCCAGGCAGCGCGGACUCUGCGCGGGGAGGCGUGCGCGGCGGCGCGGGAGCGCGCGGAGCGGGCGCGCGGACUGCUGGAGGCGGCGGAGCGGCACAAGUUGGACCUGGAGCGGCACAACCAGCAGCUGCAGGAGCAGUGGGAGGAAUUGUCGAGUCAGAAGUCCUGUAAGCCCCGCCCUCACAAGCCCCGCCCCCAGCUCUUCUACUACGGAGGGGAACAGCCGAGCCAGCAGAGCGUGGAGCAGCAACUCGGGACGCAGCUGCUGGCGCUGCAGAAACAGCUGGAGCUGGUGGAGGCCAAGUGCGCCCUGCAGACCGAGAGCCUGCGGCAGGGCAAGCAGCGGACCGAGGAGGCCUGGGCCAGCUUUCAGGAGCAGAGCGGAGUCCUGCAGGAGCUGCAGGGGAAGGUGAUGGAGGCGGCGGCUGCACUGGACGCCUCACGGGGCGGCCUGGAAACGUGUGACUCGCGGCCUCGCCCGGUGCAGGACUGCGCGGGCUCGCUCAUGGAGGAGGUGGCCAGGGCGGACUGUGCUGUGGGCGCGGGGUGCGCUGCGGGCGCUGUUGCUGCUCCCGCUCGGCUUCCUGGCGCUGGCGCUGGUCUGCGUGCUGCUGCGGCGCCCCGACGCCGUCCGCCGGGAGCUGGCGCGCCUGGGCUCGGACGCUGCGCUGCGCCGCCUGCGCUACACGCUGUCCCCGCUGCUCGAGCUGCGCGCGCGGGGGCUGCUGCCCGCCUGAGCAUCACGCCGGCCACGGCCGCCUGCACUCUGUCUCCGUGUGGUUUCUGCGCGCCGCGGGGGCGGGCGGGGGCGGGCGGGCGCGCUCGUGUGCCCCUCGGUGCCCAGCGAUCGGCCCUCGGGCGCAAGGCCACGUUGGGGGCCGACCCGGCCCGCGACCGCGCGGAGGCCGGUCAGCGUCGGACUGCUGAACUUCCUUUCCCGGCAGGGGCUGUUGGCGGGCGGGUUUCCUCCGUGGGGGCCUGUGGCUCCUGUGGGCCCGCAGCGUCCUGACCUCCCUUUGGGUGGGUCACCGUCCCGACGCGGGCCGGGGACGUUCCUCCCUGUGGUCCGCUUGACUCUCUGUGCAGCUGGGCGCCAGAUGCUGACAUGGUGCAUUUUAUUUAUGUGAAAAGUUCUGCUUCAUGUAAAUGAAUUUUGGACAAGACUGUAGUUUUCUCUGCUACAAAUACUGCUCUG